CGCCUUUUAUUUCUCCGGAAGGAAGUUGAAUUCUGUAAAGUUUGAUUCACUGCUCUGUCUAUAGUUUCCUUGAGUUUCCUUAAUGCUGUCUGGGUUGCUGGGCUCUGGGUUUCCGGUUUGGGAAUCUUUGGUGAUGGAUGUGACUCCAUUUUCCAAACACUUUCUCUGAUUUGAGGGGGAGGCGGAGCUGAUUUGGGUUGAUUUCAGAGGGUGGAAGGCUUGGAGAAUUAUUCAUCUUCCAAAAGUGAGAGGGAAUCGGCUGAGGGCCGGCGGUAGAGUUCGCCAAGCUGUCUGAGCGCAGGUGGGGCAGCAACCAAGGAAUCGUUUAAUUUUCUUUCUUUCUUUUCUCCCCCCUCCCACCCCAGUCCAAGGAUAUGCUCUCGCUUUCCUGGGACAUCAGGGGUACGGUUCAUGAAAGGGACUCGAAGGCAUGUUUCUUUGCCGGGACUGGGAGUGUUCCGCUGCGGGAGAUAUGAAAGCAUGUGCUGUUUACUACGAGAGCCGGCUGCAGAGAGAGGGGAAAGGGCCGGGAGAUGGUAUUCCAACUUGGCUGUCCAAAUUCUGGGGAACCCAGCUGAGCAUCCCGAGAGUUUCCUUCAUAGGGCGAACGUGGGCGCAGAGGGAGCCAAGGAUGGGGCUAAAGGAGGACCGCGCAGGGAGGAUAGUCCCUCCUGGCAUCGCCAGGAAGGUAGUGACCGCGAUCCCCUUCCCUCCUCAGGUAUGAAAGAUGCUGCCGAGCUUCUGGGCCACCGGGAGGCGGUGAAGUGUAGGCUGGGCGUGGGGGGCUCCGACCCUGGGGGCCAUCCGGGGGACCUAGCGCCCAACUCCGACCCAGUCGAGGGAGCCACUCUGCUGCCCGGGGAGGACAUCACUACAGUGGGCUCUACGCCGGCCUCGCUGGCGGUGAGCGCAAAGGACCCGGACAAACAGCCGGGGCCCCAAGGAGGCCCGAACCCCAGCCAAGCCGGCCAGCAGCAGGGCCAACAGAAGCAGAAGCGCCACCGGACGCGCUUCACCCCGGCGCAGCUCAACGAGUUGGAGAGGAGCUUCGCGAAGACUCACUACCCCGACAUCUUUAUGCGCGAGGAGCUGGCGCUGCGUAUCGGGCUGACGGAAUCCCGAGUGCAGGUCUGGUUCCAGAACCGGCGCGCUAAGUGGAAGAAACGCAAGAAGACCACCAACGUGUUCCGCGCGCCGGGAACUCUGCUGCCCACACCAGGCCUGCCUCAGUUUCCGUCAGCCGCCGCCGCCGCCGCCGCCGCUAUGGGCGACAGCCUGUGCUCUUUCCACGCCAACGACACCCGCUGGGCGGCGGCCGCCAUGCCGGGCGUAUCACAGUUGCCGCUGCCGCCGGCUCUGGGCAGGCAGCAAGCUAUGGCGCAGUCGCUGUCCCAGUGCAGCCUGGCGGCCGGGCCGCCGCCCAACUCCAUGGGCCUGUCCAACAGCCUGGCGGGCUCCAACGGCGCGGGGCUGCAGUCGCACCUCUACCAGCCCGCCUUCCCCGGCAUGGUGCCCGCCUCCCUCCCCGGCCCCAGCAACGUCUCCGGCUCGCCCCAGCUCUGCAGCUCCCCGGACAGCAGCGACGUGUGGCGGGGCACGAGCAUCGCCUCCCUCCGCCGCAAGGCGCUAGAGCACACAGUCUCCAUGAGCUUCACUUAAUGCAGCCGCGCCCCAGCCC